CGUGGAACUGGGCAGCAGCCUUGUCUUUAUUGCAUCAUGCCACCACUUCCUGACACAGUCCCGCUUUCGCCGCGGCGACAUGUGAAGACAGAUCAAACCCACUGUACUAAUGAAUUGCCUGCGCCGUUGUCCUGAGCCAACCCACACGCGUCUUUCAAUGCCGCCAAGACAAUAACACCGCCGUAAUGUCCAAGACUGGACCGCACAGCAAGUCGACGACGCCAAAGCACCCAUACCUCGCCGGCAACUUUGCGCCCAUCACUACAACAUGUCCUCCCACGCCCGUCUCAUGGACCGGCCGAAUCCCAGAAGAGCUGCUGGGCGGCAUGUACGUCCGCAACGGCGGUAAUCCCGUGACCAAUUCCGACUUGGGACGUGAGGCGCAUUGGUUCGACGGCGAUGGCAUGCUCUCGGGAGUAUGGUUCAGCCGCUCUCUCACCGACCCUACGAAACCCAUUGUCAACUUUGUGAACCAGUUCAUUCUCACCGACGUGUACCGUACUGCCGUCGAAAACCCGACACUUCGCACGCCUAUUCUGCCUAGCAUUGCGACACUUGUUAAUCCAGCAUCCAGCUUGCUGCUCAUUCUAUGGCGCAUCAUGCGUACUGUUCUGCUUGUCUUCUGGACGCACAUCUUAGGUUCUGCACGUGCUGUUAAGCGAAUCAGCGUGGCCAACACCAGCAUAUUAUAUCACGAUGGACGUGCACUAGCAACAUGCGAGAGUGGGCCGCCAAUGCGCAUCGCGUUGCCAAGCCUCGAGACAGUAGGCUGGUUUGACGGAAAUCGUGCCGAAGGAGAAGCUGCACCUGGCGACCGAGACUCCCAUGCCGAUGAAAAGCGUGAAGCAUUUGGUGGAACUGGCUUGCUGAGCUGGAUGAAGGAGUGGACAACGGGUCAUCCCAAGGUUGACAGAGAGACCAACGAGAUGGUUCUCUUCCAUUGCAACUUUGUUGCACCCUAUGUCCACUAUUCUUGUCUCCCAGCUGAAAACUCGGUCGCGAAGAGAACUAGCUCGGAAGGAAGCAGAAUCAUUAAUGCACCAGUCCCUGGAUGCUCUGGCGGACGACUCAUGCACGAUUUUGGCGUAUCCCGACAUAACACUGUUAUACUCGACUUGCCACUCUCUCUUACUCCUUUGAACCUGGCAAAGAAUAAGCCCAUAGUCUUCUACGAGCCUGAGAAACCCGCUAGGUUCGGUAUCUUUCCCCGACAUCAUCCCGAGUCAGUACGUUGGUUCGAGACAGACGGUUGCUUGAUCCUCCACACAGCCAACACUUGGGAUGAGUACAACAGCGCCGGUGGUAUCUCUGCUGUCAGCAUGUUAGCCUGCCGGCUGACGUCUGCAUCCUUGGUCUUUAGUGCUGGCAACAUCGAGCCUCCCCCACAUCCGAAUCACAAGGAGAUAGUGCGCAGUAAACCCAUGUCCUUCUUCGCCAAGUACGAUGACGAAGAACAGGUUCAAGAUCCUGAGAAGCCUUUCCUAGACGACACGUCGCCUUUGCUGGGACAACACAAUGAGCCAGAGUCAUCAAGGGCGCCUCAUAACAUCCCCAUCUCAUACGACGACGAAGAACAAUGUCGAUUGUAUUACUACCGGUUCUCACUCGCUCCGGGCUCGUCUAACACCAUCACUCACGAGUUUGCAUUAGCAGCCAUUCCUUUCGAAUUUCCCACCAUACAUCCUGCCACGGAAAUGUCGCGCGCACGAUACAUUUAUGGAUGUAGCACUUCAGAUGAAUCGUUUGGUGCGGCAUUAGGCAAGGCGACCAAAAUCGAUAUACUUGUUAGGGUAGAUGUACAGACUCUACUCAGACGCGCUCAGCAAUCACCUCCACAGGCUGUCAACGGUUGUGUUGACAACCGCUCAAUUGAUGAGAUACUCGCGUCAAACGACCACAACGAUCCCAUAAAAGCAUUCCAACUUCCGCCGAAUCACUUUGGCCAAGAAGCUAGAUUCGUGCCUCGUAAGAUGAAGGAGGCUGAAGCUGAUGAUGGCGCUGGCGCCACCGAACAAGAAGGUUAUUUACUCUUCUAUGUCUUCAACGAAGACCAGCUAGACGAAAACGGAGAAUGCAAAGCAGAUGCAGAGAGCGAGUUGUGGGUUUUGGAUGCAAGCGACAUGCAGACUGUCAUUUGCAAGAUUCAACUUGGGACUAGGAUACCUUACGGCCUACACGGAAACUGGUUCACUGAGGAAGAUAUCGCUCAUCAGCGAGAAGUCGCGACAGUGAGAUCCGAGUCGGAUGUGCAGUCCGAGACGGGAUCGAGCAAUUUGCGGAAAUCUCUCAUUAGUUAUUUGGGCUAGCAGCGCCUGUGUGUUUGAACCACAUGUCUAAUAAACCGGUUGGACUCGCGACUUGAACGCUAUCAUCAUUUUACGUACUCUACGAAGUCUUUUUAGCAAGAUUUAAUUAAUAUUCAAAGCAUUCAAACAAGACUUGUCACACAUGCGGUGCGUUGUUUUGAUGGAGUGAGGCACAACCCUAGCAACGCUGUAGAAUCUAGAUUCGCCCCGCUUUGACGAAAGCUUGUAUGUGCCGAUCCUUGCCGUAGCGGUCGAUCCUGCAGCAAGCAUAUCUAACGCCCUCCAUCGCACUGACGUAAAAAAACACCGACUGGAUCGAUGCCUGCCUGGGCAGUAAGUGCACAAGAAGAUCACACCACCAUGCGAUGCGGU